AUGGAAAAGAGUAAUAUGCGCCAAAGCGGGCUAGUAUGCGACUGGCAUCAGGAACGUGGUCUCCUAUUUACUGGCGGUGAUGCACGCGUGAUUAAAGUAUGGGAUGCACAUCAAGAGAUAUCGGUCAUGGAUAUCGCGACACAGUCUACAGGCUGUGUGACGAGCAUAACAAGCGAUCAGACGCGUGGAGACAUUAUUGUUGCAGGAUUCGGAGAUGGCCUUGUUGGUGUGUACGAUCGUCGCAUGAGGCCCACAUCUGCAAUGGUACAACGAUGGGAUGAACACAAAGCAUGGAUCACUGGUGUACAUCUUCAACGCGAUGGUAAUCGAGAAUUGAUUUCGGGAUGUUUCGGUGGCGACAUCAAGAUUUGGGAUAUCCGGGAAACAUCGUCGCUUCGAACAAUCGAGGCACAUACGCAUGCAGAUAUGACUGCGUUGGCUGUCCACGACCAUAGCCCGGUCGUUGCGAGUGCUGGAGAUGACCAUAUCAUCAAGGUAUGGAACGUAAAUGGCAAUCGUCUAUCUACGAUCCGACCCUCGUCUGGCUUUUUGGGGCAGCGAAACGCGUUCACCAGGGCACUUACAUUCCAUCCUAAUCUGAUGGUCAUGGGGGCAAGCGGUGACGAUGGCUCAAUUACAGUAAGUGACUCUGUCCACAUACAGUUCUCUUAUGGCUUGCUAAGGUGUGAUUGA